AAAAUAAUGACACGCAAAGUAGCAAAUUAAGACUUUUCUUAGCUAAUUUUAAAAAUACAUACACAAAAUUAGAUUUUACUCUGUACCACCUGACUCGUCUCCAUAUAAUAGAGUUGAAUAGUAAACGUAGAAAAACAUUGACUUCCAGAGUAAAAGAGAUGAACCAAAAACCAAAAACUCUCUGCUAAUACUAGCCUUAAAUUUCAAUACCACAGAAUCCUAAUUAGCACUACCCAAUACCCAUCAUUAAUUUAAUUUUCUUGUGCAGAUAAUUCAAUCAACCAUGCUUAUCUACCCUCAACUUCUCCCUUCAAUUUUCUCACUACUCCUCUUCCUACCAAUUGCUACCUCUUACCAACAUAAUGAAUCGUACCAUCCAAAAGACCAUUGUUUUAUCAAAUUUGGCCUCUCUAAAUUUGACCAAUCCCUUGAAUGGCGAAGCGACGAAGAUUUUCUCGUUGAUCCACCAUCCGCCGUAGCUGCUAACACAUCAGCUACGGCGGUGGGGGUCAAAUCACCAUAUGACAAGGCCAGAAUGUUUCGAGCCACUGUCACUUAUUCCAUUCCCGUCAAUUCUUCGGGGCCUAAACUCGUCCGCCUCUACUUAUACCCACCAACCUCGACAAUCUAUAACCCCGUUAUCGACACCAGUACAUCUUCCCUCAACCUCAUAAUAAAUGGAUUCCAAGUACUACGCAACUUUAGCGCAUACCUUGUUGCUUCCAACGCUAAUGCCAACCCAAAUACCACAGCGCAAGUAAGUAAUGGCCUUGUGAGGGAGAUCUACGUCACCGUAGCAGAAGAACGAGAUCAUAGUAAAAAAUCUAUCAACUUAACCUUCUCUCCAAGCAGUCCUAAUGGGUUCGGGUUCAUCAACAGCGUAGAGAUUAUAUCUGUGCCUCAAUGGCUGUACAUUAACCGGUCAUCGGAUAACCCGCAACAAGUUCUUUAUCUAGAAGGUGGUCCUCCAGGUUAUGUGUUGGAUCCUUAUGAUUUUCCAAACUCUUUAGCUAUGGAAAAUGUUAUACGGUUGAAUGUUGGUGGAUACACUGUGGAUCCUUCUCAAGACACUGGGAUUGACCGGACUUGGUACAAUGACGUUAACUUUGUGCGUUCUUUUGACGGCACCCCAAGCUACACAGCCAUUCACAAUUCUAGUACACACAUCCCUUACACAGUACUAGCGCCUAAUUUAGUCUACUCCACGAUGAGGAUGAUGGGGCCGUAUAUCAAACGCCUAAAGAAGAACAUGACAUGGGAGUUCGAGGUUGAUAAUGGAUUUAAUUAUCUGGUGAGACUCCAUUUUUGUGAGUUAGACCCUACCUUCUUCAACAAUAUUAACCGUAGAUUGUUCUCUAUAUACAUCAACAAUCAAAUGGCCUGGCAAAAUAUGGAUGUCCUUCGUGUUGCUGGCGGCUUGUACAUUCCAAUUCAUACAGAUUUUGUAAUUCUUGUCAAUGAAACUAGUAGCCGGAGCAGAGUUCUUCUCUCGGUGACCCUUAUUCCCGACUUUGAUACACACUAUGCCGAUGCAUUGCUCAAUGGGCUGGAGAUUUUCAAGUUGAGCUCAACAAGUGGUUCGCUUGCUGCACCAAAUCCUGCUCCCUCCAAAAGUAUGAUACAAGCUCCUAUUAGUACACAAACACCAGCAAAAUCAAAACAUUUGCCUCUAAUCAUCGGAAGCAUCCUUGGAGCGACUCUAGUUUCACUUUUGAUAUUUGUAUGUCUUAUCAUCAUAUAUCGAAGGAAUAAGAAGCAGCAAAAAUACGUGAGUACAACCACCACGGAGAAGAGUAGCAAGUUAAAGUGGAUAUUACCAUUAUAUGAUUCCGCCAGCUCCACGGUAACUACAGCUAGUGUGGCUUCUAAACUGCCGUCUGAUCUUUGCCGGUAUUUCACAUUAGCCCAAAUUAAGGCCGCCACUCGUGAUUUCGACAAAGACCUUAUUAUAGGAACUGGUGGGUUUGGAAAAGUUUACAAGGGUACUUUCGAUGAUGGAAACACUACUGUGGCUAUCAAGCGCCUUAACUCGACAUCAAAGCAAGGAGCUCAUGAGUUCCAAACUGAGAUCGAGAUGUUGUCGAGGCUAAGACAUGUGCACUUGGUGUCCUUGAUUGGAUACUGUGAAGACUUUGGUGAGAUGAUCCUCGUGUACGAGUACAUGCCAAAUGGCACCCUACGAGAUCACUUGUUGUAUAAGCAUAACCCUCAAAUAAGUCACACAUCAUUGUCAUGGAAGCAACGCCUAAUGAUUUGCUUAGGUUCAGCUCGCGGCCUACAUUAUCUCCAUGCGGGUGCAAAACACCUUAUCAUCCACCGCGAUGUUAAGUCUACCAACAUCCUUCUCGAUGAAAAGUGGACGGCCAAAGUCUCCGACUUUGGCCUCUCCAAGGUUGGACCUGACCAUACUGAAGCGGGUGCUACUUAUGUUAGCACCGCGGUCAAAGGGAGUGCAGGGUACUUAGAUCCUGAAUACUAUCGAUGUCACCAAUUGACGGAGAAAUCCGAUGUGUACUCCUUUGGAGUAGUCUUGUUCGAAGUUUUAUGUGCUCGCGCUGCAGUGAACCCAAACCUUCCUAAACAACAAGCAAAUUUAGCAAUAUGGGCACGAAGUCACUACAAAAAAGGAACCCUCCAUACUAUUGUAGACCCGAACCUUACGGGGCAGAUUGCACCCGAGAGUCUAAGGAAGUUCGGUGAGAUAGCUAACAUGUGUGUUCGUGAUCGAGGGAUCGAGCGUCCCUCGAUGGGAGACGUAGUGUGGGGGUUAGAGUUUGCGUUACAACUUCAAGAAACUGCCGAAGAUAACAACAUCGCAAAUGGUACACCGGAUGAAAGUUUCGAUCUAAGUAUUAGUUAUCUAAGUGCUAUCGAUGUUGGUUUUACAGAUAAUGAUAUAUCGACGAACUCAGGAGAUAACUUUUCUCAAAGUAGUGUUGUCGAAGGUACUUCAAAGAAGUUUAUGGACAGUAACAGUAAAUCUACGACGAGUUCAUCUUCGGAUUAUCUUGCUCAUUCCAAACCUGGUUCAGUCUUUUCUGAGAUCACUCAUCCGACAGCAAGAUGAAUCUAUUCCAUUUUUUUUUUUACAAGAAACUAUUUAUAUUGCUAUAUUAUAAACAACUUUCAUGUAAUUUUUCAUUUUUGCCAUGUAUAAGAGAUAUAUACAUCAUCAUUACAAAUCACUUCAUCCUUUGAACAAAAUAUUUGUUAACGAGUAGUAAUUUUCUUCUAA